AUGGGGGGAAACUUGUGGCUUCCUGGCGAGGUUGGCAUUUUGCGCGGGUGUAAACGGGACCCAAAGAUCAGUCCAAAGAAACAUGGAUUCCUCAAGUCAUUGACGGGUUUGCGAUUAUCAUGGCCCGUCAUCAUUGGCAUUACCAGGUUCCAGCUGGAAUCUCGACCCGAAUGGCCCAUCCACUCCAUCCUGGUCGAGACGUUUCGCUCAAAGACAAUUAGGUGCCUUGCCAUGCGACACCGGUGA